AUGGAUGUCAACGGUGUAAACAGCGGCAAGGCCCCAGCUCAGGCCCCCGAGACAGCUCCGCGUCAGACUCAACACCACGGUCUUGUCAAGGUUCAGCCUGCUCGUCUGGCUGAUCUGCAACCCCGAUAUGCUUCCACAAUCGAGCACGACUCGGAGAACCCAGAUGCGCAUGGAUGGUACUCCCAGAUGAUCCACAACUUGGGUUCCUGCAUCGGUUUCUGUGGUGCCAUCCCCUGCUGCAUCUGCUGCCCCAACCCUUUUAAGCCAGUCGACCAAGGUCAAGUCGGUCUAGUCUCGCGAUUCGGACGCUUCGAGCGCUCCGUCGACCCCGGUCUGGUUAAGGUCAACCCACUUAGUGAGCACCUGACAACUGUGGACGUCAAGAUCCAGAUCGUCGAGGUACCGCGCCAGGUCUGCAUGACCAAGGACAAUGUCACCCUCAACCUCACCUCUGUCAUCUACUACCAAGUCACCUCGCCGCAUAUCGCAGCCUUCGGUAUCGCAAAUGUCAAGCAGGCCCUCGUCGAGCGCACUCAGACCACCCUGCGCCAUGUCAUCGGAGCCCGCGUCCUGCAGGACGUCAUCGAGCGUCGCGAGGAGAUCGCCCAGUCCACAUCGGAGAUUAUCGAGGAAGUAGCCACUGGUUGGGGUGUGCAGGUCGAGUCCAUGCUCAUCAAGGAUAUCAUCUUCAGCAACGACCUGCAGGACUCGCUUUCCAUGGCGGCCCAGUCUAAGCGGAUUGGUGAGAGCAAGGUUAUUGCUGCUCGCGCCGAGGUCGAGUCCGCCAAGUUGAUGCGCCAGGCUGCUGAUAUUCUGUCUUCUGCACCUGCUAUGCAGAUCCGUUACUUGGAGGCUAUGCAGUCCAUGGCCAAGACAUCUGGCAGCAAGGUGAUCUUCAUGCCCAGCGCUCCCAACAUUUCGCAGCAAAUGGCUACUGCCGAUAGUUUCGGGGAGGGGCCCAGCCGGUACGGCCAAGAGCAGCAAGGUGAUGGCUUCCAGAGUGUGGUGAAUGCGCGCGUCGUUGAGGACAUCUAG